AAAAGGAAGGAAGGAAAGAAAGUAAAGAAGGAAGGAAGGAAGGAAUAAGGAAGGAAAGAAGGACGAAAAGAAAGAAGGAAGGAAGGAAUAAGGAAGGAAAGAAGGAAGAAAGGAGAGAAGGAAGGAAGGAAGGAAGGAAGGAAGGAAGGAAGGAAGGAAGAGAAGGGAAGACCCGGUCCAGGGCGGAGAGAGUCCAGGGAAGGCCCUUUCCCCUCCUUUCCCCGCGUGGCGUGUUCCUGCGUGUUUCUGUCACGCGUGACCCCGAGAGCCAGCCCCCCAGUUUCCCAUAAGUGAACAUUGGACGACCCUCCUUCCCCAAAGACACCCCCACCCAAACCCACCCAGAGGCACGCGCUUCGGAAGCCCUUCCACGCAGGGAGUGAAACGCGAGGGUUCCCUUCCCUCCUCCCCACGCCCCGGGGGAUCUUUCCUCCUCCAGACCUCCCUUCCCUUUUUUUUUUCUUUGAUUCCUUCUCUCUUUUUUUGGCAACACCCUCCCCUUCUCCUUCUCCUUCUUCUUCUUCUCCUUCCCUCCCUCCUUCCCCUUUCGCUCCACUUCGCUUCCCUUUGGCCCGACUUCUCCUUAAUCCGUAUUAAAGCCCCAUCCUGAGGCCACGAGCUCAGUCCUUGCUGCCUGUCGGGACUGAGAAGCCGGAUUUCCACCCACAACCUUGACUCUCUCUUUUUUUUUUGCCUUUUCAAACCUUUCCCUCCCUCACCUCGAAGCAGGGAAGAGGAGGAAGAGGAGGAGGAGAGAGCGACUUAUAGAGAGAGACCGAGAAGGGAUCCACUCGGAGAUCCAUCUGUCCCGGGAAGGAAGUCAGUCGGACCAGAGAGAUCCACCUGCGUGGGCUGGAGGGGUCUCAUUCCUAUUACUAUUAGUAUUAUUCUCACUAUCUUGGUGGGAAAUAAUUUGUUGGGAGAAUAAAAUCUCCCUUUUUUUUCCCUUUUUGCCUGGAAGAAGACUUGGGUCUACUAGAUGUUAAUACAGAUAAUCCGAAUUUGGCCAAGUGUGGGACCCCCGCGUGGGGAGGGCGAAAUGGCCCUCUUGGGAUCUUGCCUCGUCUUCCUCGUCGGGAUCUCGCCCGUCUUCUCCAGCUAUCCCAUCUGGUGGUCCCUGGCCAUCGGCCAUCAAUACUCCUCCCUGGGCAUGCAGCCCAUUCUCUGCGGAAGCAUCCCUGGCCUGGUGCCCAAGCAGCUCCGCUUCUGCAGGAACUACGUGGAGAUCAUGCCCAGCGUGGCCGAAGGGGUGAAGAUCGGCAUUCAGGAGUGCCAGCACCAGUUUCGCGGGCGGAGGUGGAACUGCACCACGGUCAACGACAGCUUGGCCAUCUUUGGGCCCGUAUUGGAUAAAGCCACCAGGGAGUCAGCCUUUGUCCACGCCAUUGCCUCUGCCGGGGUGGCUUUUGCGGUGACCCGGUCCUGUGCCGAAGGCUCGGCCACCAUCUGCGGCUGCGACACCCGUCACAAGGGACCCCCGGGCGAAGGGUGGAAAUGGGGCGGCUGCAGCGAGGAUGUUGAAUUCGGGAGUAUGGUGUCACGGGAGUUUGCAGACGCGAGAGAGAACAGGCCGGACGCCCGCUCCGCCAUGAACAGGCACAACAACGAAGCUGGAAGGACGUCCAUCAUUGAGCACAUGCACCUGAAAUGCAAGUGCCAUGGGUUGUCGGGCAGCUGCGAAGUGAAGACCUGCUGGUGGUCACAGCCCGACUUCCGGGUCAUCGGCGACUACCUCAAGGACAAAUACGACAGCGCCUCGGAGAUGGUGGUGGAGAAGCACCGGGAGUCCCGUGGCUGGGUCGAGACGUUGCGGCCGAAAUACAACUUCUUCAAAGCCCCCACCGAGAGAGAUUUGGUCUACUAUGAGAACUCGCCCAACUUCUGCGAGCCGAACCCGGAGACCGGCUCCUUUGGCACCCGAGACCGGAUCUGCAACGUCACCUCGCACGGGAUCGACGGCUGCGACCUCUUGUGCUGCGGCCGGGGCCACAACACGCGGACUGAGAAGCGGAAAGAGAAGUGCCACUGCAUCUUCCACUGGUGCUGCUACGUCAGCUGCCAGGAGUGCAUACGGAUCUAUGAUGUCCACACGUGCAAGUAAAAGGGAAGGCCCUUCGCUUUGUCGGAAACUCCCCUUUCAGCGGGGAAAGUCAAACUCAAGACUGAAUGGAGACUGGAAGUCAACACAAAUGUGCACAUAUCUGGAAGCUAAAACUGGUGGGCUCAUAUAUUGAAUUCAUUUCUUCUUGACUCUCACUUCUGGAGGUCCACCGUGCCACUCCAGGCAAGAUGAGCAACCAAGCAACCAUCCAUGGCCAUGGGAUUGUGCAGGGUUGGGUGCUGUUGUCCACAGUCUAGACUUGAGAGAUGGAUGACGAACUGGUUUCCUGAGACUCCCUCAAUCUGCUCUUUCUUUGCUCAAAAUGUAUGGCGAGACUCGUGCUGUUAAGUGUCCUUUUGAAAGUUGUGGAUCUUCCUCAAACAUGGCCUGAAUCUUGUGCAUUACAAGGACGGAGAAUGCUUUCUGGUCAAUGACUCUUACAGGAACCAACCCGGCCUGCUAUCUCAACUGCUAAGUUUCUAUGUAUAGAAUUAACCAUUGGUCGUUGUUCUUCAGAUGCCCUCAUUACAACUUCUUAUAAGAACUGGAAGACCUGGCAAAUGUGUUCAUUGCGUUCUGUGGAAUGGCCCUUUAUCCCGAUCCUGAACUGGUUGACGUAGUGGUUUGUAACAUAUACAUAGGAAGUGAAGAUCAAAAUGGUGCUUCUCCCAUGAGAAAAGGGGACAUGGUCAAUCUUGUAUGGCAUCUUGUUUUGGUUCAGGGUGCUAAACCAGAUCAGUGGGCUGUGAAGGUAAGACCUGGCUCAUUGGCCCACUUUGUACCAAGCAAGGAUCCCAUAGGAAGUGGGUUUCACACAUGGGAAGUAUGGGCUGCUCAGAUGUUGAGAUUUCAGUAGAUAUCUCCUAGGGACAAAACACAGAUGUUCCUUACUUCAGUGUUCAAACAAUAUUGCAACGCAGUAGUCCUGACUCCUCAACUCAACUGUACAAUAUGUGACAUAAAAUGUUGAAUGCACAUUUCUUGGGUCCACCACCUCCAUGGCUCAGGGAGGCUUCUGGAGCAUAUUCACACUGCACUGUUUUAACAAUUUGACAUCACUUUACCUGCCACAACUCCGUUCUUCAGAACCCCGGGGAUUGUCGUGUGGCGGUACUUGGAAUUCUCAAAUCUGUUCCCAUGAUCUGAAGCAUUGAGACUCUCAGGCAGAAAAUGUAAAGCAUCUCACAAAACUAUAAACCUCAAAGUUUAAUGCCACAGCAGUCAAAGUGGUGUCAAAAAGCUUUUGAUUGAGUAGUGUGGACACACGAUUGGUCAAAGGUCCAUCCUCAAGCUAGAGCUUCUCAGAUGCUAUUCCCACAUCACCCCUGAGUGCUGUUUUCUCAUGAGACAUUCCUGGUAGGCAUGCCUUCAGCUCCCACACAACCAAAAUCUUUGUUAACAAUUGGGCAAAUCCCCCCCCCCCAUUAAGUCACAUUUUUAGAAGAAAAUAUUUCAGAUCUCAGCUUGGGAGAGCCUAUAAUUUCAGCUUCCCAAGUAAAUAUCUCUCUUUCAUUGGUUGGUUAUUGUAAUGCAGUAGUCAAGUAGUUAAAUUUAUGGGCACGGGAAAUAUUUUUUCAAAUUUGGAUAAGGUUGAGGGAUCUGGUUCUUCUCGCUGCCUUUAAGGACCAACCAAAUUGAUGUGAGCCACAGAAGUGUCUCCCCUUAUUCAGCACACAAAGGAAGUUCAAGAUAUCUGUGUUUCAUCCCAACUUCCUAGUGUAUGCUUCAACAGUGUGUCAACCAUUGGCUCUUUGGUUAUUUUGGACUAUAGCUCCCAUAACUCUUGGCUUUUGUCCAUACUUGACCGACACACCUAGGAUGAUGUCCAAAACAUCUCAAGGGCUAAAGGCUCAGAAUCAUCUUGCCUACAGAACCUGAAGACCUCCUUAGAAGUCUUUCAGAGGUGGGAUGUGUUUGUAAUAAUGAUGCAUUUGAGGGCAAAUACAGAUGACCUUUGGUCUUAGUUUUUCAGAGAAGUCCACAUUUAGUUUUCCAACCUUUCUGCAGGGUCCUAUAAUAGUGUUUUAUGAUAAAUUAGACCCCCAAAGAGUUGUGUGGAGAAGGAACCACCUUCUUUCUCCUUGAUGAAAGUUCUCGUUGCCUUGGUUGCCCAAAACUAAUCCUCACUCAUCACCAGAGCUUGGUAAGGUUACUUUUUCAGAUGCCAACCCCCAUCCAGCAUGACCCUUGGGGAUUGUGGUGUUUCCAGGGUCUGCUCUCCACUAGUAAACAAACAAGGUGAGGGACCAAUUUGUAUACUCAGUUUGAUCCAUCUGUCUGCAGCUUCUCCUUAUAUCAGGUCAUUUAGUCUCCUGACUGGCCACUUGCCUAAAUGACAGUAGCCUCACAAAGGAGUCCAGACACAGGGUGGCAGGUCAUUACUCCUUGAGAAGUGGUCAUCUGCAAGGGCUCUAAGCUUUCCUUGAAUGUUGCAGGUUGAAGUGGGUCAAAAAAGGUGAUAACACAAGUGGGAACUGUAGCCCUUUCAAAUGUCAAACUCUCCUUUUCAGCCCAUAGAAAAUGUGUUAAAAUACCAUCAUUUUCACAUGAUAGGUGCAAUCCCAUAUCCUCUGAAAGUAACAUAAAUGCCCACAUGCAGAAGUAUGUUGCACUCGCAGAAUAGCGAUAUUGCACCUCACAUGCCAAUAACUGCAUUUGGAAAGCACAAUUGUGAAACUGUCAAAUGUGAUACUAUUGUAUGCACAGCUGAGUUUCCAUCACUCUCAACAGCGUCCAUCCACUGUGUUAUGGCAAAUAAUAAUUGACCUUGAAUGCAUUGCACAGCUUUGCCUGAAUAUGUCUCAAAUGGGAUGCCAGGUCAAAUGCAUGGCACAAGAAACAUAUUAUGCUUCCAAAUACACCAGAGACAGAACUGAAUAGAACAAUCCAAAUCUUCUUGUUUGAAUCCUGACACUAAUAUAGAGUAUUUUCAGAUGUAGUUAUGGAAAGGGGAGGCAAAUGAGGGGCACUAUCUCCCCAAAAUAAAAAUUCUGCUCCAUAAAAUGAAACAUUUUCCUUCUGCUCACCAAUAGCUGCAAAUUGGGGAGUAAAAUUAUCAGGUGUUGCAGUGGCUUCUUACGUUCCCAAAAGCAUAACACCCCAAUUGGCUACACAACCAGGAGAAUAACACUCAGGGCAAGUUGAAUCCAGUCUGCAUUACAUCAGAAAGAGGUGCAGGAAUAAGCGAAGGCCUUGCUCUCCAUUUCGGAGAUGGGAUUUAGGAGCGCUUAGCACUGGCAGCAUUGCGCCCUGGUGUCAUCAUGCCCGUUCUGCUGGGAUAUGCAGUCGGCAAAUGCCAACCUCAGGGAUGCACAACGUGGGAGAUUAUCCUCUUUUCCCCCCCAACCUGCCCUCCUCUGCCUUCUCUGGUGAUGUCAGAUAUUUGUUUGAAUGAUGGAAAGCUUAGGAAUUCUUGCAUAUCCACCCCAGGGCAGAGACGCAGCUGCAGGAAUAUGAUCUGUCAAGUUUCAAAAGGAAUGAGCUGGUUCGGGGUGGCUUUUACUCUUCUUUCACUUUUGAUCCCAUUUCUCUUUCUUUCUUUCUUUCUUUCUUUCUUUCUUUCUUUCUUUCUUUCUUUCUUUUUUUCUUUCUUUCUUUCUUUCUUUCUCUUUUGCCCUGGUUUUCCCACCUCUUGGGAGACUUUGAAAAGGGCCCCAGAGCUACAUUUCUCUUCCAUGCUCCGAAUUGGUUCCCUUUAAAAAUAUAUAUAUUAUUAUUUGCUAGGAGUACAUCUACAAGGGAGAAUGAAUGCAAUUCGAUGCCACUUCGAACUGCUAUAGAAUUCUGGAAACUACUUUGGUGAUGCACCAGCCAUCUUUUGCAAAGAAGGAUUGGGAUCCUGGGAGUUGCAGUUUGGAGAUGUACCAGCACUCUUUGAGAGAGCUGAAGACCUUCUUCCAAAAUUACAAUUCCUGGGAUUCCAUAGCAUUGUGCCAUGGCAGUAAAAGUGUGUCAAACCACAUUCAUUCUACAGUGUAGAUCAGCCAUGGGCAAACUUGGGCCCUCAAGGUGCUUUGGACUUCCGUUCCCACAAUUCCUAACAGCCUCAAGGCCUUUCCUUAUCCCAAAAAGGAAAAGCAACUCCCCUAAUGUCUGAUUCCAGUUGAAAGGGAUGGUGCAGUCCAUUAUUAGGCAAUUACUAUCCAUCUCGCCAAUGCCAGUCUUGCCUGUUCUGCAUCAGUCACUUCAAUUGGCCCAGCACUAAAAAGCAUUGCAUUUUUUCAAUGUUUUUGGAGGGACAGGAGACAGAAGAUGACCCCUUCCCUGGCUCUUUUGAUUAGUUUUAAUAAUAAUAAUAAUAAUAAUAAUAAUAAUAAUAAUAAUAAUAAUAAUAAUAAUAAUCUGCCAGCUGCAAAAAGCCACCCUACUGGGAUCUGCAAGCAUCAUCCGAAAAUACAUCACACAGUCCUAGACACUUGGGAAGUGUUUGACUUGUGAUUUUGUGAUACGAAAUCCAGCAUGUCUAUCCUGUUUGCUGUGUAAUAAUAAUAAUAAUAAUAAUAAUAAUAAUAAUAAUAAUAAUAAUAAUAACUUUAUUUUUGUAUGCCGCCUUCAUCUCCCCAACGGGGACUCGGAGAGGCUCACAUGGGGCCAAGCCCAGCAUAUCAUAUAACAUCAUAAAAUGAAUAGUUAAGACAAGCAUCAACAUCAUAAUUUAAAUAAAACAUGAUUAAAACAAAAAUAUUAAAACAAUCAUUUAAGGCAUUAAAAGUCUAGUAUAGCAUAACAAUAUGGGCGACGGUCAAACUGAGGAGAGAAUGUCUAUGUCAAAAUAGAACAUAUAUCCAAAAGACAAGACAGGUAGAGAGAUCAAUCUGGAAUGGAAGACAAACUAUAAAAUGACAGGGAGGUUUUCAAUAUGGAUAUGGGCCAGGUUAUAAUGGGCUUGUCCAGUCAAAAACACAACAAAUCUGUAGUUGGUUUUGGCACAAAAGAAAGGAGACUGAGAAGAUCGUAUUCUUUGUGGACACCGCAAGUCCAAAAUGCUUGCUUCUCAAAGAGGCGAAAGGGCUCCCUCACCUUCGCAUGUUAAGACUUCACAAAAUUGUAGGAUUGAGGACUUUGGCAGGUGAUCAAGGGUUGAAAUCUGAUUGUUAGUAGUAGUCAAGGAAGCCCGUUGAAUCAAUGGGAAUUGGAAAGUAAACACUUGGGUGUGUUGUGUUGAUUCAGUGGACCUGUUCUAAUUGGGAGGAACAAUUCAAUUAUUUUUAUUAUUUUUUAAUAUUAAUUUUUAUUUACAUACAUUAAUAAUUUACAGUGAAACAGAACACAGAACAGUAAACAUUUUACAAACAACAACCCCACCACCAAGUCCUGAACAAGUAUCAUUUCAUUUACCAUAAAAUUUAUAAUUCUACCAUUAAACCAAUGUCAUUUCCAAAAUUCCUGACCAACAAGGUUGUAUUGUUUUCCUUUUUCACUUUCAAGGACAAAUUUAAUAAAAACUGACCAGUAUAAAUCAAAAUCAGAUCUAUUAAUUUCUCCCCUGAACACCCUCAUUUCCAUUGAUAAUUGAUCAUUUAGAGCUACAUUCCAUACCUCCCAUUCUUCAGUGUGAGAUGGGUUACUACCUUCCAAUUCCUUGCAAUUAUAAGUCUCGCCGCUGUGAGUAAAAUAAUUACCAAUUCUUUCUUUUCCAUUUCUAAAUUCAACUUGGUGGCAUCCAUUAAUAAUGCUAACCUCGCAUCCGGCGUGAUGUUUAAACCUAUAAUGUUACUGAUUUCUAUAAAUAUGUUAUUCCAAAAACACCUGAAGGACCCAAGUUUGCCCAUGGCUGGUGUAGAAGCACCCAUAGAAGUCGCCAAUUUUCAUUCAAAUUAAACUGAUUUUUGCAUGAUGUUUCAGUGUAUGUCUCCAUGGCCCAAGAAGCAGCGUUCAACUUGAACUCACCCCAAUUGCCUCACAAACUUCUUAAAUCUGCUCCCCAAAACCAAUGGUCCACAUUCACAGUCCAGUCCUGCGAAAAACACCUCCGUAAUGGUUCUUAACUCAAUACUCUUUAUCUUGAACGCAUUGAUGAAUCAACAGAAAAUACAAACCACAACAGAGAGAGAGAAAAGCCCUGAAAUUCCAAAGCUGUUAUAUAAAGUAGAGUUGUCACUUUCUUGGGGGGGUAUUUUGUUGAGUCUUGAUGGGGGUUUUUUAUGCUUAUUUAUUUUAUGAAUAAAUGUAUAUAUUAGUAAGAGUCUAUAUUUGCAGAAAUAACCAGCGUUGUCAGUCGGCCACUCUCCUUGUCAUCCGGAACCCAGCUGCUCACGUUAUAUGCAUUGAAUUAGGAAAAUAACAGGGACCUUUUGUGUUAUGUAUUUGGACAUUCGCAAGCCAUGGAGUGGCUUCUGCUGUGUUGUCGGCACUCAGAUGUUGUCCACGUGGAGCCUUUCCAUGGGUGUGCGAGGAUCCUGUAUGGCUCCAGGCAAUGGCCCCGUCGUUAUCCAGUUUUGCACUGACAUCCUGCUAGAAAUGUCAUGUAAUUAUUAUUAUUAUUAUUAUUAUUAUUAUUAUUAUUAUUAUUAUUAUUAUUAUUAUUAUUAUUUUGUUUUUGGUACCACUUCUGUUUCAUAGAUGUGUUUAACUUUAUAAUGAAAAUUAAAAAUAUGCAUUAAUUUUA